AUGAAAUCAAGUACAAAACUAUAUCGUUUUCCAUUAGCAUAUGCAAGUUAUAUGCAUUCGGCAUCAAUUAGUGAAGAUUAUUUGAUUCUUACGGAUGUUCCAUUGCAUUUUAAUACAUUUUAUGCUAUGUGGAAUAUAAUUAGUUGUGGCGCAGUAACUGAUAUGUUUAAAUGGAAUAGUGAAACAAUGCCAACUUAUUUUCGUGUUAUUAGUUUAGAUACAGGUGAACAAAUAGCACAUAUUGCUGGUCCAGUAUUUUUUACAUUUCAUCAUAUUAAUUCUUAUCAGAUUAAUGAUAAUAAAAAGAAAAUCAUUGUCGAUAUUUGUGCUUUUGAUGAUCCAAGAAUUAUUAAUGAACUGUUUUUGGAUAAAUUACGCGAAAAUAUAUUUCCUUCAGGAAGUCAUCGUUAUAGUUAUGCACAUAGUCUUGUUCCAAUUCAAUUUGAAUUGCCACGCAUUAAUCCAAAAUUUAUUGGUAAACCAUAUCGAUAUACAUAUGCUAUACGUGCACCACCUGGUCGAUUGCUCGAUUCAUUAAUUAAAUUAGAUGCUCAAUCAAAAGAACAAGUAGGUUUAUGGAAAGAAGAAUGUAAAUCACCAAGUGAACCUAUUUUUGUUCCAAGACCUGAUGCUAAUUAUGAUCAAGAAGAUGAUGGAGUUGUUUUAUUGGUAGUUUUAGAUCAACAAGCUAAACAAUCAUUUCUACUUGUACUUGAUGGCAUUACAUUUAAAGAACUUGCUCGUGCUCAUCUUCCCAUAUAUAUUCCUUUAUCAUUUCAUAGCAACUUUUAUUAA